AUGGGUUUGCUAACUAACCCAUCGAUUUCGCAAAAGGCAAAAUACUGCCGAAAGCUGGUGCGCUACAAUACGGCCAUCUGCUUAACACUGUACCUGUUGGGCGUUGGCUUUUUCUGUGCCCUGCCGGAUGCUAACUUCAACUCCGGCACCUACUUCUCGGAGAAUGCACUGCUGCCCGGAUUGGUAAAUUCCGAGCUGGAAAUGGAAACGGUCAAUCUGGUCAAAACACUGUCGGCCGAACUGCAGCGGGAGCGGGAAAGCUAUUCGAAGAGUUUACCCUAUCCUUGGCUGCUGGCCAAGAUGCGACGCUUUGGGCUAGAAACACACACGCACAACUUUACACUCAACUAUCCGUUCGCUGGUGGCAAGCGUUUUAAAGGAGAAAACGUGUUCGGAAUACUACGCGCACCAAGGAUUGCAUCGACUGAAUCGAUUGUAAUAAGCGUCCCGUACCGACCGCCAGAAACCGUUCACACGGAUGUAUCUGCCGGAGUGCCAUUGAUGUUGGCAUUUGCAGAUUUUGCACGCAAAAAGAAAUACUGGGCAAAGGAUAUUAUUUUCCUCGUUACGGAGCAGGAACAGUUGGGUAUGCAGGCCUGGCUGGAAGCGUACCAUGGUGGCGAGGAAGGUCGCAUCCUCGACUCGGGCAUGCUACGGGCACGAGCCGGAUCCAUUCAGGCAGCCAUUAAUCUGGAAGUGCAAAGCUUAGACAUUAGUCAUAUAAAUUUAAAAAUUGAAGGACUAAAUGGACAACUCCCGAACCUGGACCUACACAAUCUGGUGCAGAAACUGUCUUCGAAAAAUGGUAUCAUCGCCGGAUAUAAGCAAGCAUCUUCGAGCCCGAAACGAUCGUUUCGUUAUCAGGACAAACUGUUGAACUUACUGUCGAUGGUUUUCUCCCAAGCGAGCGGAGUACCGACGGGUAAUCAUGGACUUUUCCACAAGUACGGAAUCGAAGCGCUAACGCUGGAAGCAGUGGAGCGAGAAAAGGCGCAGCAACAGUUCCAAGAGAUCGGUUCGAUGCUACGAAUCAUUGAAGGUAUUAGCCGUAGCUUGAACAAUCUGUUGGAGCGAUUUCAUCAGAGCUUUUUCUUCUACCUGUUGGUGUCGAACGAUCGGUUCGUUUCGAUUGGAGAUUAUAUGCCCAGCUUAGCACUGAUGGCCGGUGCUCUGUUGAUCAAAGCCUUUAUUCACUACCUGUCGAUGUACUACUCCGCUGAUGAGAAGGACGUAGACGGACAGGAGGAAGCGGAACUAAAACAGAAAAACUCCUCAGAAAUUGGAUACUUUUCUGUGGGUAUUGUACUGCUAGUGGCGCACUCGAUUGGAGCAUUGGCAUUCUUUCUACCGCACAGUAAAGCAGUCAGCGAUUAUCUGUACGAGGCUAAUCUCUCCACACAGUUUGGAUUGUUUCUUUUGAUUGUGACGGUACUGGUUAUUUCCCUAACCCUGCCGGCAUUCGGCGCUGUGAGUGGCAUCAACGGAGAAGCGCUACAUGUAGCCGUUUUGCUCGAGCUCGGAACCGUCCUGUUGGCUGUGGGAAUGUUAAACUUUUCCCUUGGGUUCAGCCUAUCCGUUUUUCUGGUCCCGUUUAUAAUUCUGAUCCGACCAGGCAUAUCACGUGGCGCUAUGGUCUUCUCAAGAUUGUCCUGUAUGCUGAUAAAUCCCUUGGUGGUACUAUACUGCGUGCUGGUUGGACUCACGUGGCACCUUUUCCCGGAGCUAGCCCUUAAACCUUUGCUAAACAAAGCGCUGACAGCUACACAGGAUGCACUUACUUACUCUGUUGUGGAUUCAAUGAUCUACGGGAACUGGUUGUUCGAUAUGGUAUCGCUCAUUUUCGUCCCAUGCUGGAUUCUGCUGUGGGUGCUUCUUUUCCCAGAGACUAAGCAAAGGAACAGCUAGGGGCUGA